UUUUUGACAAGAUGUGAAAAUUGCCUGACGGACGUUCUAAACUUCAAAACGGAAGUUUUCUUUAAAAAUCUCACAAACUAAUUUGGAAAAACUAAGGACUCGUCAGAAGUAAACUGAUAAACGAUGUCUUCGAGAGUGUUAAGAAAGCUGCAAGGUGACAAAGAGUUAAUUGAUGAAAUUUCAGAUACCGAAACUGACACUCCUGUCAGCAGCGGUGCAAGAAAAAAGCAGCUAAAUAUUAAUCGCUAUGAUUUGCUUAAUCAACAAUCUCAUUCCGAGAGUGAAGUAAAAGAGGAUGAUAAUGAAACUGAAGCUGCAAAAUCUUGUGAGGGUGAAAAUAAUCAUGAAUCUGUUAAACGUAAAAAGAAAAAGAAGAAGAAAAAGUCUGGAAAGCAUGUAAACACACAAAGAAGUAGUGAGGACAAUGCUGAUAUUGAUGAGGUUGAACGCUCAGUUAGAGAGGUAAAUCGACUAUUGGGUGAAAAUUACAUACCCAAAGCAGCUACUCCUACCAACAUUAAACAUGAGAAAAGUACCCAUCGUAAAAAUAUUCUCUCAGUUCAGCAUAAGCAUCUUAAUCCUAAUAAUGAGUUAAAAAGAAUAUUUGGAUCAAAAAUAAUUCAAAGUGAACAUAAAAGAAAGAACAGAGGUGGGGGAAGAGGACAUGUUAAGCCAACAUUGAUGGUUAACUGCAAAGAAAAUUGGCCUCAAGUUGGAAAAUCCGGCCUAUCAAUGAGUCUAGUCGAAACCAAGCAAGGAGUGCAAUAUUUCCUGUUUGAACACAGCACAACAUACCGUCAAGUACAAAACAAAUUUCUCGAAGCAGUAGAAAGCCUAAACCCAGACAACAUUGUAGCUAUAAUCAAUGAGCACCCCUAUCAUGUUGAUGCCUUAGUACAGCUAUCGGAUUUAUGCAAACUUAGCGAAGAUCUCGCAAUGGCGGCCGAGUUAAUUGAACGGGCUCUUUAUUGUUUGGAAUAUGCUUUUCAUCCUUUAUUUAAUGUUGCUCAGGGAAAUUGUAGACUUGACUAUAGAAGACAAGAAAAUAGGGCACUUUUUAUAACAGUGUUUAAGCACCUAGUAUUUGUGGGUGGUAGAGCUUGUUGUCGCACUUCGUUGGAAUUCUGCAAACUGCUACUUUUACUCGACCCAGACACCGACCCAGUCGGAGUUAAAUUAGUCAUAGACUACUACGCUUUGCGUGCAAGGGAGCACCAAUGGCUCAUCGAUUUUGUAGCUGAAUGGGACAGCACCAAACACUUACUUCAGCUGCCGAACUUUGCCUAUUCGUUGGCACUCGCGCACUUUUACAUUGGCGACACCGGCAGAGCGGACAGUCUUCUUCAAGAAGCCUUGCUCAUGUUCCCUGGUGUUCUAAUCCCCCUUUUGGAGAAAUGCUCGGUUCAAAUCGACAACAGGGUAUCCAACCACCCUUUUUUCUCGAACAUUACCGAUAAAAAGCAGCCUGCUUCGUUGAACACGCUGAUCGCGCUUUACGUAAACAGAAGUUUCCACAUUUGGAAAGAUAGCGAUUUGUUGCCAUGGAUGGAGAAAAACGUACAUGAAGCCUUAGACAGAUUUGAAAGAAUGGAUCCAGUUGUUGCUGAUAAUGAGCUUAAGAGAAAUAAAUUGUUUGCGGGGCCAUUACCGCGAAGCAUUUCCAGGCAUAUAAUAUUGUCUGACAUUAAGGGUGUUUCGCCAGUUACUGAUGAUACAAGUGGACCAUUGAUGAGUUUUGAUCCUCUACCUCCAAAAGACUCGAUUAAUUUAUACACUAAGCCUAGAAGACCAACUCUACUUGGAAAUACUUCCACUAAUCCUUUAAGCAUAUUUUUUAGAUCACUUUUACCCAAUUUUACCAACAACAUUCCUCAAAAUUUACUUGAACAGGGUUUGGAAAAUGAUGAGGCAAGAGCAUUACCAGAAGGUGGGGAGAUGCAAAAUGAGAGUACAGGCGAAAUGAUGAGGAGUGUUGUUUCCCUGGUGGAUGCAAUGAGGGAUCUUUUAAAUAACAUAAGACCUAAUGACGCUGACGUCGACGAAAACGACGAUUCUGCUGACGAUGACUUAACAUAAAUAAAACUAAUUUUAACGUUUUACUUCCUUAUUGUUAAAUAUAUGAUUAUAUUAUGUAACUAAAAUAUAAAAAAGCUUUAUAUAAUCU